AUGCAAAUCCAGGUCCAAGGUAUGCCCUAUGGGAACUGUUUACUUCUCAGCGAUGGUCCUGUCAAUAACAGCACUGGAAUCCCUUUCUUCUACGUGACAACAAAGGAUAACACUGUGGCAGAUCUCCUGAAGAAUCCCAUGGCUUCCCUGACUCUACCAGAGGCAGAUGGAAAUUUCUGCAGAAAAAAUUUAAUUGAUCCAGAGGAUCCAAGGUGUGCCAGGCUGACUCUCAUGGGACAGAUGGUCACAGUGCCUCCGGAGGAAGUGGAAUUUGCCAAGCAAGCCAUGUUUUCCAGGCACCCGGUGGUAAGAAAGUGGCCUCGCAGCUAUGAGUGGUUCUUCAUGAAAAUGAACAUUGAGCACAUCUGGCUUCAAAGCUGGUAUGGUGAAGUUUCUGCCAUUGCAGUAGAAGAGUAUUUAAAAGCAGUUCCAAGUAAGGGAUGA